AGGGAGAAAGAAACAUAUGAUGGGUUGUGGGCGUGAUUUACAGUAACUGUCAGUUUCAUUAUUUUGUUUGAAAAAGUAACUGGUCAUGAUGUCAGAAAGGGACUAUGGUCCCUUGAGCGCAGCAUGCGUAAGGGCAUUAAACGAUAAAUUGUACGAAAAAAGAAAGGCAGCUGCUUUAGAAAUAGAAAAGAUGGUUAAGGAAUUUGCACGCGUUAAUAAUACAGUGCAAAUCAAAAAGCUGCUUAAAGUCCUGGGUCAAGAUUUUGCUACGUCACAUAACACAAAUACCAAGAAAGGUGGGCUCAUUGGAUUGGCUGCAACGGCUGUGGCCCUGGGGAAGGAUACUGCCCUUUACACGGAUGAAUUGAUCCAGCCUAUUCUUGCUUGCUUCUUGGACUCGGAUCUGAGAGUUCGAUACUAUGCUUGCGAGUCUCUUUACAAUGUGGUGAAGGUUGCAAGAGGCUCUGUGCUUCAACAUUUCACUGAUAUCUUCAAUGCCCUCAGUAAAUUGGCUGCAGACCCUGACCAGAAUGUUAAAAAUGGCUCGGAGCUGCUGGACAGACUCAUGAAGGAUAUAGUGACAGAGAGUUCAUCGUUUGAUCUGGUGGCAUUCAUGCCGUUACUCCGUGAGAAGAUAUACACAAAGAACACAUUUUCUCGUCAGUUCAUAAUCUCAUGGGUUUCGGUAUUGGACGCCGUUCCGGACAUCGAUCUCAUUCUUUUCCUGCCCGAGAUUUUGGAUGGACUGUUCCGAAUACUAGAGGACCACACUAAGGAGAUAAAAACAAUGUGUGACACAGUUCUGGGGGAAUUCCUCAGCAGCAUCAAAAAGGAUCCAUCUCGUGUGGACUUCGCUGGCAUGAUCAAUAUUGUGAUAGCACAUUCCCAGGCUUCAGAUGAAGUUUUGCAGUUCACAGCAAUCAUGUGGAUUAAGGAAUUUGUUCAGCUUUCUGGCAGAACAAUGCUUCCAUUUGCAUCUGGAAUCCUCACGGCUGUUCUACCCUGCCUUGCCUUUGACAGUGACACCAAGAAAAACAUCAAGGAGACAGCAAGAGCUGUGAAUUUCAGCAUGAUGAAGCUCAUCACGAUUGAAGAUGACGGGGAUUUGUCUGAAGGUUCUGAAGCAGUGGAGCCAGGAGAUGGAACAGCUUCCUCAAGCCAGGAGCAGGAGAUACAGAGGAAACAACUGGACUUGCCAUCUGUGGUGGAUGUCCUAAUCAAACACCUGCCACACACCUCGGUGCAGACUAAGGUUGCUGUAUUACACUGGAUCUACCAUCUGCAUAUCAGGGUUCCAAACAAGAUGUUCAGGCAUGUUGAUGAGUUGUUCCCAGUGUUACUUCGGACUCUGUCGGACUCUUCGGACGAAGUGGUACAGCAAGAUUUGCAGGUCCUGGCCGAGAUAAUUUCAUCUCCUGCUGGCAACAAAUUAGCCUCAUCUGGUGACUCUUCAUUGCAAGUGCCAGUCCCUGUUAAAGAUAUUCUGGACAGCUGUGGUUCGGGCAACAAUCAUGCCAUGAAUCCAUACUUCUCAAAAUUCAUUGUGAGUCUCCUACGAUCGUUCAGUUCUGACCGACAUCAUCUGCUUGAGGACCGAGGAGCCUUCAUCAUUAGACAGCUGUGUGUGUUAUUGAACUCUGAGGACAUCUACAGGACAUUAUCAGAGAUCCUGUUACAUGAGGAGGACCUCAAAUUUGCCAGCAACAUGGUGGAGACACUGAACACAAUACUUCUCACAUCCUCGGAACUGUUCGAACUCAGGACCAAGCUGAAGGACUUAAAAACUGAAGAGAGUUGCCUUCUCUUCUGCUGCCUGUACAAAUCAUGGGCCCACAACCCUGUGGCCACUGUCGCCCUCUGUCUUCUUACCCAGAACUACAGCCAUGUCUGUGACCUGAUCCGAAUUUUUGCCAAUCUUGAGGUGACUGUUGAGUUCCUGACAGAGAUUGACAAACUCGUACAGCUGCUCGAGUCUCCAAUAUUCACCUACUUGCGCCUUGAACUGCUUGAGGUACCACACAAUCAGGACUUGGUGCAGGCACUGUAUGGUUUGCUAAUGUUGCUGCCUCAGACUGAGGCAUUCAACACCCUCCGGCAGCGGCUCGAUUGUGUUCCUAGUCUUCAUCUACAUUGCUGCCUUGACAGGGGCCAGAAAGUUGGUAAGCCUGAGAAAGACUGCAAUAUCCAUAGCAAACACAUCGACUUUACUGAGUUGCUGCAGCAUUUUGUAAAUGUACAGGAUCAGCACCGUGAACAUAAACAGUCAUCUCGAAGUAUGGCAUUGCUUGAGAAGAGUUCAGUGACUCUGAACACAUAGCGAUGUGUUAGCUGGUACCACAAUAAGGCACAGGUAAUUGCAUUAUUUAUUCCCUUUUCCUUCUGUUUUGUCUGCCCAGCAAUGGCAGUUCUUUUCCAAUGUUAAUUCAUAAAGCUUGGGUUUUAUUGGUACAUGAACAUCUUGAUUCAGUUAAGAACAUCUUAUUUGACAUGAAAAUGUUAUUGUUUUGCUGUACCAAUGUUAAGCGCAGAGAGCUUGUUUCCUUUUUGUGCUGUGACACCCUGUAGUGUAUGUAUUACACAGUGUCAAGCCAGGAAACUGCAACAUGAAUCUUCACUCACGUGGAGUCCUCAAGUCUCAUACAGUAUUUCUUAUUGUGUGUAGUCAAAAGCAGUUCAUGAAUGUUAUAUGAAUUUAUGAGACUGAGAAAAACAAAUUUGAGAGUAAGUUAAGUACAAAUAAUCAAAUAUUGUUGCAUCGUGGUGUGUGUAAUUAUUUACUUAUAUAUCAUGUAUACAGUCAACAUAACAUGUAUACAACAAAUAGUAAGGUUAUUUAAUAUUUAUUUUUGUGGGUUAUACAUUUUGGUUUUCCAAAAACCGGAAUUCCAGUUGCUGAAAUUAAUUUAUGGACUGAACAGCAAAAUACACUUGGAUGGGCCAUAAAGAAAAUGAAAAUACACUAUAUGAACUAAAAUCGGAAUCCAUAUUGGAAAGCGGAUCACGUGGUGGUGUAGUUGGUUAAGGCACUAUGCUACAAGCUGGAAGGUUGUGGAUUCGAUUCCUGAUGAGGUCACUUUUUUUU